GACACUUGCUCCUAAAUCCGCCAAGGCAUUUUCUAUGUGACGGUUACCAAUAGUAAGAGGGAUAGUUAAGCUACCUAGGUUGGUCACUUCUUGGGCAAUCGGUUGAGGAUGAAAGCCGAUCACUCCUCGCCUAGAGUCACGUUGGCGAGGUCUUCUAACUUAGGUUUCUUGUUGAGGAAUCCUUUGAUGUACUUUGCAUACCUUGGCAUGUGUGCCAUAGCUUCAAGGAAGGGGAUGUUGAGGUGGAGAUUUCGGAGCACCUCCAUGAAGCCUCCACAUUCCGCUUCCAAUCUCUCCAUGUACACCCUUGUGGGGAAAGGAAGAGGUGGCUUGUACUUAACCACCGGAGAUGGCGUCGGCGAUGCCUUCCUUGCCACUUCUUUCUCUCCCCUCGAGGGCUCUUCGUCUCCAUCCUUGGGGUUGGAGUCUUACCUCUCUCAAUCACUCCCUUGGCAAAAACUCCCGGAGUCACCUUCCCACUUCUCAAUUGAAUCGCAUUCACCCCGCAUGAUACUUGGGGUUUGCCUUUGAGAAGGUAGAACUCUCUUUGGUCUCUCGGCGAGGAUCCCGACAAGAUUGCCUAUUUGCACCUCCAAAUUUUGAAGGCUUGAUUGAUGGCUUCCGAAUCCCGCCUCAACCAAGGUAAAUUUGGUAGUCGCCACAUCCAUAAAUUUCUCAAUCUUCUCUAAAUUCUAAGCACUCAUGCUCACAAAGGUAUUCACAAGGUCUUCAAGUUUGGACAACUUGUCCGGUUGUUGUUGUUGUUGAAACCCUUGACUACCUUGUGCUUGUUAAAGUUGUUGGAAGCUCGAGUUUUGGAAUUGAGGCCUUUAUUGGAUAAAAGAUGGACGAGGUUGAUAAUUGCCCGUAGGACCUUGAAAACCAGGGGGUCUCAGAUUAGUCGGGGACGACCAAGCAAAGUUAGGAUGAUUUCUCCACCCGGGGUUAUAAGUAUUGCUAUAAGGGUUGUUUUCCCUAACAUUGGCAACGAAAUCUACUUGUUCCUCCGGGGUACUCGACUCCUUCAUCGCUUGGCAAUCCUCAAUUUCAUUAUUGGUGCUCGAACACUAAUCACCAGACAUCACCGCUCUCUUCCCUUGUUUCUUGUCCUCAAGGAUCACUUCAAUCAACUUAUAAAGUUUUGCUACAAGAGGAUCACUUGCUCCCACACUUCGCACUCCUCUUUCAUUGCUUCUAUUCCCACCUCUAGUCAAGCCCCAAUCGUAUCCUUUAAGAUCCAUAUCUUCGAGCAACUAGGUCACUUGAGGUGUGGUCAUGUUCAUCAACCUCCCUUGGCAAGAGAGUCAAUGAGGAUCGUGUCUUCAUGUAUAAGACCACCAUAGAAAGUUUCUUUCCGAAAUUGCUUCUCGAAUCCAUGGUGAGGGCAUUGAAGGAAAUAAUCGGAGAAUCUUUCCCAAGAAUCUCUCAAGGUCUCAUCUUCGUCUUGCUCGAAAUGGGUGAUCUUCUUUCUCCCCCCGGUCGUCUUUGAAGGAGGGCAAUAGAGGGUCAUGAAUUUGUUGAGAAGAUCAUCCCACGAGGUGAUUAAGGGAGGUGACCGGUUGUUGAGCCAUCGAAGUGUCGUCCCCGAAAGUGAGUAGGGGAAAAGCCUUAAUUGCAAAACUUCCGCCGGCAUGCCAUUUAUCUUCAAAAUCCCCGCAAGCUCAAGAAAUCUUUGCAUAUGCUCCCUCGGCAAUUCGCUUGUGUGCCUGUGGAACAAAGCAUUGUUUUGAAUCAUUGUCACGAGGGCAGGCUUGAUUUUGAAGUUGUUGGCCGCCACGGGUUGGUGUAAGAUAUGCGAUUGAAUGUUUGCCGUCCGUGGGUCCAUGUAAUAACCCAUUGUCCUUGGGGAUUCCUCCUAUGUCGCCUCCUCAUUGUGGUUUUGAACUUAGACGGCUCCCUCUAUUUGUUGGUUCUCCGCCAUCUCAACUCCAAUAUAAAAUUCACCUUCAACUCCUUUAACUUUUACUCCACUAACUGCGGGACACAAUUGUUGUCCCCUUUCUUCACUUCUCCUCCUUGCUUCCGCUAACUCCCUCUCCCAAGCUAGGAGUCAGAGAGUCAUGUUGAUGUUCUCGUCAAGUGGUACCAAAGGUGCCGAAUUGCUUCGGGUCAUGCACCGCCCAGCACACACUUAGAAAAAAACACCACGUCUAGCACAAGCAAAACACUCACACAACCAAAGCUGAAAAAUAAAAGAUAGAUUAACAC